GGUAGGUGGAGGUCACAUGACUUGCGAACUUGCUCAGCAGAGUGAAGAUGGCGGCCGAGAGAGAACCUCCUCCGUUUGGAGACGGGGAUGUGGAAGCAGAGGGUGAUGACUUGGAGUUCAGGGAAGCAGAAGGGGGCGAAGAUCUGUUCGUCAGUACUACUAGCACUCUGGAGUCCAGCCCAUCAUCUCCAGAGCCUGCCAGUCUUCCAGCAGAAGACAUAAGUGUGAAGUCUAACGGUCCCAAAUCUGAUACUUUGCUGGAUGAUGACCAUGAAGACCUUUUUGCAGAAGCUACCGAUGAGGUGUCUCUUGACAGUCCUGAAAGAGAACAUAUACUUUCUCCAGAACCAACUCCACCUAUUACACCAGUAUCUCCAACACUCAUCGCCCCACGAUCAGAAAUAAAAAUAUCUCAUCCUAUGAUGUUUGAUCGAUCUAAAGAGAUUGAGGAAGAAGCUAAUGGUGAUACAUUUGACAUUCAUGUGUCUGUUUCUGAUCCAGAAAAAGUUGGUGAUGGAAUGAAUGCUUACAUGGCUUACAGAGUAUCCACUAAGACUACUUUGUCCAUGUUUAACAGCAAAGAGUUUACAGUGAAAAGGAGAUUUAGUGACUUUCUGGGUCUGCACAGCAAAUUAGCAGCAAAAUAUAUGCAUGUCGGUUAUAUAGUUCCUCCUGCACCAGAGAAAAGUCUUGUAGGUAUGACCAAAGUCAAAGUUGGAAAAGAAGAUCCAUCAUCAGCAGAUUUUGUUGAAAAAAGGAGAGCAUCCUUGGAGAGGUAUCUACAGCGGACAAUAAACCAUCCUACCCUUUUGCAAGAUCCUGAUUUGCGGCAAUUUUUAGAAAGUAGUGAGCUGCCUCGUGCGGUUAACACCCAGGCCCUAAGUGGAGCAGGCAUAUUGAGGAUGGUGAAUAAGGCCGCCGAUGCUGUCAACAAAAUGACAAUCAAGAUGAAUGAAUCGGAUGCAUGGUUUGAGGAAAAGCAGCAGCAGUUUGAAAACCUGGACCAGCAGUUAAGGAAACUACACACCAGUGUUGAUCUCCUAGUCUGCCACAGGAAAGAGCUCUCUGCCAAUACAGCUGCAUUUGCCAAGAGUGCAGCCAUGCUGGGUAACUCUGAGGACCACACUGCUCUAUCAAGAGCACUAUCCCAGCUAGCAGAAGUUGAAGAGAAGAUAGACCAGCUUCACCAAGAACAAGCUUGUGCUGACUUUUACCUAUUUGCAGAGCUUCUAAGUGAUUAUGUUCGACUCAUCUCUUCUGUAAAGGGUGUGUUUGAUUAUCGAAUGAAAUGCUGGCAAAAAUGGCAAGAUGCGCAAGCAACUCUGCAAAAGAAACGGGAAGCUGAUGCCAAACUCCAGUAUGCAAAUAAACCAGACAAAAUGCAGCAAGCUAAAGAAGAAAUUAGAGAAUUUCCCUACCAUCCUAGUGUCUUAAUGAGGGAGGCGACUGAAGUGCAUAUCAAAAGUGAGCCUUUGCAUCACAUCAUGCCAAAAGAUGGAGAAGCAGAAGUCUCUGGGUGUAAGAAAGCAAAAUGGGAAGUAAAGGAAGGAUGUGGCAAAAUGUUUGUUUAUAUUUCUAAUUGUAAAAUGCUUCAUAAGCUAUUUUACUUGGUGCUUUUGGGGUAAAAAUAUCACUUCACUUGACUGUUGCGAAUGAAAUUUAGAGUUGGCAUGGUGGAAUCACUUUUUGAAAACCACUUUUAAAAUUUGCUUGUAUGGAGUCCUGAAUAAAGCAAAUUACACUUGAUCUUUGAUUUUUCAAAAAAGCUUGUAAUGAUUGACAAUUUUCUUUGACCAUUAACUAAACAUUACUUGUCAAUGGGGCAAGCUCAGCCAAAUUGUAGUUAAAGAUAGUUUGAUAUUUCUAAGCUUUUAGAUUUAUAUAUUUUAACAAGUUAUUUUAUGGUACCUUGUUUUGUUAGAAAAAUGUCUUUAGGAGCAUCUACAGUUUGGUUCGUAGCUUGAUGGGUGGACUAAGGGACUGGCUGCUUCUAGUUGGAUGUUAAUUUUAUUGUACCUUUCAAUAUAGUUUAAGUAUAUUUAUGGAUUCUGGUAUUUGAGUAAAUGUGAACAUAGAAUUCAAAACACAAAUCAAUCUGUCAUGAUCUUACUGAAUAUUGGAGCUCACUUGAGUCAUGGCCUACUCUGCUUUUGUUCAUAAUAAAUGCAGGGCUGCAAAACUGACAGGUGACUGGAAUUUAAAUAUACUUUUUUCAUGUCUGCUUGAGGUCAGUGGAUUUCAUUUAGAUGGUAGACUUGCAUGGUGUAGCAAUUGUUGAGAUGAUACUAAAGUGAUACUUUUGUUUCACCUAGCAUAGACCUGAUGCUGUCCAUGAUCAGUGUGCACACUGCAAUGCUUUACUGUUUUUAGAAGUCAAAAAUAACCUCUGGUUACUACAUAGAUCAUUCAUUGUGUCAAGUCCAUGUGGCUCUCAAUCAAGCUAGGUUUUGCCAAAACAUGCACACAUUUUCCUUCAAGUAUGUCUUUUGAGAACAGUGAAUUUGCCACUAUCCUCAUUUGUCAAGCAACAUUCCACAUGACCUUUUUUUAAGGUCCAUUUGUUCCUGUAUGCUUAAUUUACAUUGCCAUUUCAUUCUUCUGGCUAAAAUGUCAGUUGGUAUUGAAAUGUAUUGCAAAUGUCAGCCUGUUCCACUAGCCUUUGUGUAUCAAAGUUUGUCCCUUUAUUUUCCUCUUGAGUUAGAUUUAAGAAAUGUAAUAGCCCCUUGACACUCAGCAAGUCAGUUACUUAAUUUUACAGGUGAAAAUGAGUACUGUAGAUGCUGGGGAUUAGUCAGGACUGUGGUGCUAGAAAAGCACAGCAAGUCAGGCAGCAUCAGUGGAGCAGGAAAAUCGAUCCUUGAUAAUAGGCUUUUGCCCGAAACACCGAAAUUUUUUUUUUCCUGCUCAGGGGCUGCCUGACCUGUGCUUUCCAGCAACACACUCUCUUGACACUUGAUAUUUAUGACAACCUAUGAUGUCUGAACAGACCAAGAGAAAGUGUGCUCCCAGCAGUCCAGGAAUGGGGUGCCAUUUAGUUCACUUGGUUUGCAACGCAGUAUGAUGCCAAUGGUAUGGGUUCAACUCCAAUCACUGGUUCAGGUUACAUGAAGGACUACUUUCUCAACCUUUCCCCUUGUCUGAGGAAUGGCUACCCUUGGGUUAAAUCACCGCCAAGCAGCUCUAUAGUCUAAAGAUUAUGGUGACUCUCAAGAUAGUAACACUGUUCUAUCCUACAGUUGAUUUAGCAUCUUGAGCUAUUCUUUUUGUUGUCCCACCUUUAAUCAUUUUCAAUUUUGGCAAACCUGUUUUAUGUGGCACUGUAUCAAACAGCUUUGGAAAUUUGUGUCAGUCAAUUGCCUCAAGAUGUGGAUUUUAACAAACACUGUUUUUCCUCCAUUCUCUUGCUUUCAAAUGUUAAUUUGAAGACCUUCCUACAACUAGUCUACAGUUUCUAGAUUUAAUGCCUUGUUUUUAAAUGAAGUUUCAUAUUUGAUUCUAGAGUUAUCUAGUCAGAUGAAUUGGAAGACUUGCUAAUCUUUGCAUUUUCUACCCUUGUUGAUGAGAUACGUACAUACAAACUACUUUAGCCCCUCUGAUCCCUAGUGUGUACCCCUUUUACUUCCCUAGCUUGCUCUCUUUCCCUCUUUCUUUUUCUCCAGUGUGUUCCCUGCCCACAAUGUUGCUGUUGGUCUGGAGGUAUAUAUCCAUACUUUUAUCUUCAUUUUGUAAGAUGCUGUUACAGGUUAAGCUAGCAUUCAUUGGCUGUCCCAAGAAGAUGGUGAGGUGCUAUUUGAGCCAUUACAGUUCUGGGGGUGAAGCAACAAUGCUGUUAGGGAGGUAUAUCCAGGACCCAGUGAACAAAGGAACAGGUGAUGUAGUUCGAGACCUAUAGAUGCUCCAUGCAUCUGCUGCUCUCAUCUUUCCACACAGUAGAGAUUGCAAGUUGAAAGGUGCUGAUGAAGGAGCCUAGGUGAGUAGUUGCAGUACAUCAUGUAGGUUUUGAUGUAUUGGCGGGUUCCAUUUGAAGCAAGCUUUUUUGUCUUUCGUUUUAUAUGAUCAAGACUGCACACGUCCAAAAAAAGUAGAUUGCAUUCCUCAUAUUUCUUCUCUCUCUUCUAUAUGAUUAGACAGGCUUUGAGAAGUCUAAUGUUACUCGCCCAGAUUAUUCCCAGGCUCUGAGAUGGUUUGCAGCUUUAGCAUUUGUCUGGUCCAGUUCAGUUUCUGAAUACUGGUAAUCCCCCUGGGGUGUUAGUGGGGGAUUCUGUGGUAACAAUGUAAUUGAUUGUCAGCCCAAGUUUGAAUAUUGUCCAGUUAUUGCUACAUUUGGACACCAAAUAGUUUCUGUAUCUGAGGAGUGGCAACCUGGUGCUGAACAUUUGUAACCAUCAGCAAACAUCUCUACUUCUCCCUUUUUUUUUAAAUUUAAGGGACAGUAAUUGAAGCAGCAAAAAAACAGUUGGCCUUAUGACACUACCCUGAGGAACUCCUGUGGUGACCUCCAGCUAAACCGAUGGAUUCCAACCAGUAGAGUGGGAAUUGUUGUUCUAAUGGCUUGAGUUUUUCUCGGGUUGCUUGAUGAUGCACUUUGCUAAACACUGUCUUCAUAUCAAGUGUAGUCACCCUCCCUGCUGGAAUUCGGCUCUUGGUUUGCAUUUGGACCAAGGCUAUAAUGAGGGCAGGAAAUAAGCAGGAUUUGGCAGAACCUAAUGCUGAAUAUCAGUUCACUUAUUGCUGAGUAUGUGCUGCUUAAUAGCACAAUCUGAGAUCUUGUCACUUUGUUCAUUGAGGUAGACCAGGGUAUUAAUUGGCUUGUAUGGAUUUCUGCUGUUUGUGGACUGUAACUAACUGGGCAACUGUCUCCAGUGUUGUGUACUGAAGCACAUUGGUUGAAGGUCUGGAGUAAAAGUCUUCAACAGUGCUAUUGUGAAAUUGCAAAAAAGCAAUGACCCUGAGGCACUAUCCAGUGCCAUCACCUUUCCCUAUCACAUGGAGUAGAUUCAUGGACAGAUUAAUUAUCUCCAGGACAUUAGUGAACCAGAUGGAUUGUUAUGACAAGAGCUUAAUGCUCUAAUUUACUGUCAUCAGCAUUCAACUCAAGUGGUUUGAAUUCCUCCAUCUGCUGUGGGAUUUGGACACAUGAUUCCCAGUGUAUUAUUUGAGCUUUUGAAUUUCAUUGGUCUGUAACAUUAUCAAUAUAACACCAACUCCUCAGUCUUUUAGGGUCACGUGAAUAAACAUUUUUGGAUGCCCUUUUGUUAACUGCUGCUUCAUUCUUCAACUCUUGCCUUCUGUAAUACUAUAUCCACUUAGUUAUUUUGAUUUCAACGAAAGGGAUGGAAUGGUGGCUCACUGCUGCCCCUCAGCAUGGGGGACCUGGGAUUGAUUCUGUCCUCUGGCUGUGGAAUUUGCACAUUUUCCCUGUUUGUGGGCUUGCUCUAGUUUCCUCAGUCCAGACAUGUGCAGGUUAGAUGGAGUGGCCAUGCUAAAUUGUCCAUUGUUCACAGGGAUGUGCAGGCUAUGUGGAUUAGCCCUGGAAAUGCUGCUAAAAUUUAGGGUAGGUGGUGGUUCUGGAUGGGAUGUUCUUCACUGGGUUGGUGUGAACUGAAUGGCCUGCUUCAACAGCAAAGGGAUUUGAUGAAAAUUUGUGAACUGUUGUACAGGAAGCACCGAUAUCAAUAGUCACUUGGAUGAUCUAGUGUGUUCUAAGUUGACUGGUCAAAGUUUGUAGCCAGCACCUGAUCCUAUUACCUCCCGGGUUUUUCUUCUUUCAUUUUCCCUUUUUAUUUCUAAUUUUGUCAGUUUUUUUUUGGAAUUCCUUUUAUCUAAUCAAUGUUCCACCUAUAAAUUGAGUAGAAGUUAGUUUUGCAACUAGAUUUCAUGUGGUAUAGUUAAUUUGGUUUUUGAAAGACUUGUUCAUCUUUCAAAGUAAUAGCUGUCCUACGGCUAGUGUACUGUCAACUUUUUUGUUUCUAACUCUAUUUUGGUAAUUAAGAAAUCUGUCUGGUUUGUUCUGUUUGCACAAAUUUGUAACUUUAGUCUCCUUUUAAGAAUUCAACUAAAUUUAAGGGUUCCUAUAAUUUAGUACUCAUGUAAAAUUUCAAGUUUUGUUAAUUGGCUGUUUAGCACUAAAAGUCACUGUUUGGAGAAUUACAUUUUUGCCCAAGACUUUGCCAUGAGUUACUGAAACAUUCUAAAUGUGUGUAACUGAUUUCGUUCUUCAGUGGGAGGCAAGAGUGCAACAAGGAGAGAGGGACUUUGAACAGAUCUCAAAAACCAUUCGCAAGGAAGUUGGUAGAUUUGAG